UUGAUGGCGCCAAAAAAUAAGCAAGGUUAUGUUACUCUGUAGGUUGAUAAACAAUUUGUUAAUAAGAAAAACUGUUUUAUGUUUCAUGGACAAUAACAAGGUCUUGCAUUAUUUAAAUCCUAAUAAUAAUUACCCUAGAAAUCAUAAAAAUGAAUACACAACAACUUAAAAAACUAGCAGAAAUUAUUAACUCCUUAGGUGCCAAAGUAAAGUGCCCUAUAUGUUUGGACUAUAUAAAUAAGUGGACAGAGCUUGAGUGCCGACACAAAUUUUGCAACACUUGCAUCUCUGAAAUAAAAUCAAACAAGGCAUACACUUGUCCCUUAUGCAAGCGAAAGUUUAACAAACGAUCUCCCAUUUUUAAAGAUGAAUUUGGGGAACAACUUAGCAAAUUUGUUAAUAAGGCCGCUCAGCUUAUUAAGGAAAAGUAUGCUAUAGAAGUGGAAGAAUUGGUUUUGAAUAAAACUAACAUACAAAAAGUUAUUGAUACUGCUCCCCAAGAUGUUCCCAAGCAAGUGCCAGUUGAACUCGCUAAAAAUGCACCUCAGCCUAGUUGCAGUAAAGUCAAGAACAUAAUAAAAUUUGAAAAUAAUGAAAAUAGGAAUAAAAUUAUAGAUUGGUUAAAUCAGAAUGAGGAUAAGUUCAAAGAGGUUUUAACUCAAAGUUUUCUGCCAGAUGACAGUAGCGAUGAAGACUUUCAGAUGUCAAGCAUUUCACAAGCUGAGAGGAAACGUAAAAAAUCAAGGCAAAGAUCUCAAUCUUGGACGGAUGUGGAGAACUUACCUGAUCCCUUAGUAAAAAGGUACCAAAGUCUCACAGAAGGCUUAAAUAAACCUGAAAAUUAUAAUAUUGAAGAAGACAGUUCUGAAAAGGUGGUUAAACAGGUUGAAAUAAAGGUGCUUCAAAAUAUGCUAGAGGAGGAAUGUUUGGCCAAUUUGGAACAAGCGGCUCAGCUCAUAAAGCCGAAAGUUAAACCUGUUAAAAAAUCAAAACUCAAAUCUACCACUGCAGAAAAUAAAAUAUUAAAUAGUUCCAGUACAAGUUUUGGUUGGAAAAGAGCUGCCGAUAUAAAGACAGAUGCGAACAAAGCACCUAAAAGCUUAAAUAUUUUUUGUCAAAAAACUAAAGAGAAAACUUCUCCUAAAAGAACCUCACCAAGGGAAAAAGUUAGAAAAGCAUGGCCCAGUUUGAGAAAAACAAGGAGUGCAGAAAAGGCACUUAAAGAACCAAUAGGAAAAAUUGUGGAUCUAACUACAGAAGAAGAAACUGUCAUUCCAUCCAAAAAAACCAAUAGGGAAAAAGAAGACAUUUUCUCUGUACCAACCCAAGUGACCUCUCACAGUAUACCGCAUCACAUAGAACUCUACCAUAUAUCCUCAGUACCACCUGAGUUAACCACUAUAGAUGCAAUAGCAAACCAAUUAAAUAAAAAUAUAAAAUCCUGCAUAUCAACAGUAAAUGACACUGAGCUGGCCGACUGUUUUAGUAACUUGCUCACUUAUGUGGACAAAAUUUUGGAAGUUAGUAACAAAAAGGUUUUAAGUGUCUCUACUCAAACUGUUGGUUGCAAUAAAAAUUCUGUUGAGGUGCAAACUGUGCGGAAUGUUUCGGAAAAAGUGGUGCAAACAACUCAAAUGAUUUGUAGUUCAUAUGCACAGACCGAUAAAGUUUGUUUUAUUGACCAACAUGUUCAAGUGGACCAGGACAGUGUUAAGUCACCAGCAGUAUCUGUGCAAGGAAGAAAAUUUCAAAAGUUAAAACCGAACAAAGUUUUAACUUCAAGCAGCUGCAGAAGUAAAAAUAUCCCCGAAGUUGGCACGAAAAUUUCGAGAUCCCGUGGAACAUCGAACGUAAUUUCUCCAAAUUCGGUGUUGGUUUUCAGUCUAGAAUCGACAGCCAAAACCCAAAAAAGUGUCAGCCGAAAAUUGUCGUAUCAAGAGUCUGAAAAUAGCAGCAAAAAAUUCAAACGUAUCAGGAAACCCGCCUCAGAUUCUGAUUCGGACGAAGACGGCAACCCCAGUAAGAAAAAGUUCAUAAAAGAUGACUUGACCGUGGAUUUCAUUGAUAGCGAGAAGCCGAACACCGGCAAUUCACUGCAAGAAAGCGAGGAUAUGGAUUAUGAUAAAUAUUUACUGGAAGCCAUGGACAGAUACGACCCUUCACCACCUAAAAAAUUGUUUGAAACUCCACCUGUCAACAGGAAAAAGUCCCAAAAGAAACCAUCGGCCCAGACUGAUUUGGACGACCACGUUUUCACCUCUUCCACCGCUUUUCAUGCGAAUUUCGAUAAGUUCGACGCGGAAAUUAUGGCAUUUGAAAAGAAUUCUAAAAAUUUCAGUACGCAGUUGGAUGUGGUUGAAGAUACACCAGUGGAGGAGCGUCCUAUUAGGAAACCAAAAGUGCAUCUGGAACCCUUAAGAAUUUUAAGCAGAGGAUCAGUUGACAGCACGAACAACCCUUCAAGUCAGGACUUCUUGCAUUCAUUCCCUCAAGACAACGUUGGGGACCCCAUAAACAACGAGAUGGCGGAACUUUUGGAAGACCUGAAAAACGACGUGGACUUUUUCAAAACUCCGAUUGAAACUCAGAAUUUAAGCCACAGAAGUGACGACGUAACCAGGAUUGAUUUGAAAGAAAAACAAUCUGAAGCUAUUAAAAAGGAUCAACCAAAAAUAAACAUUCUGCAAAACAUUCGGCUCAACGACGAACAAGAUCUGAUGGAUAGUAGCGGUGACGAAGGGAUAGUAGAGGGAACACCCCAGAAAGACAAACAAAAAUCUAACGAGAGUUUCAGAUCUUUAACGGAAAUUUUGAACCAUUUGAACGAUCAGUUUGGUAGCAGCGAAGAAAACUUCGACCUAUGCCUCCCUCCGCCUCCUGGAUUCACUGAUGACGACUCGGCCAAUAUUGAAAAUCAACCGGUUAACAAGGGACAUAUAGAUAGUCAACAUCACGGAUUAACAAAGCUUAAUGUGACGCCAAAGCAAAUACUUCAGAAGUCGGAAGAACCCACGGCGAUUUUAACCAAAUCAUUUGAGCAAAAAGAAGAAACUUCCCAACACAAUUUUUCCCCAAUAAAGUGUUCUGCAAAAUUGACUCCGAAUCGUUAUACUCCUUUGGUCACCACUCAAAGAUCCUCGUUACGUAAUAAAUCAGGCACUCUAAUGACCUCCACCCCGAAACAGAAGAGUAUCCUCAAUUUCGUUGUUUCCUCCCAAGGCACCUCCAACAAACCUUGCAUAACGUGGUCAAGGAUCAUCAACAAAGAUUUAAGCGUAUUCACUAAGUUGGAGUGCAAGAAACUAGUUUCUACAUCCAGAGUUUUCACUAAGGAGGUCACCCAUUUGGUGGUUUUGGUGAACGAUAAGGGACAAGUGGUGUCGCAUACGGCCAAGAUAUUACAAGCUAUAGCGGCUGGUAUUUGGAUCGUGAGGUACGAGUGGGCCGUAGAUUCGUUACAGAUGAACAAAAUCGUUCCAGAGGAACCUUACGAAGUCCUAAUGCAAACAGGAAUCCCCGGUCCAAAGCUGGCACGCCUAAACAGAACCAAAAAUCCCCUAUUUAAAAACUUCAAAUUUUAUUGCUCCCAAUUUCUGAAAAGUCUGCCGAUUGCCGAUCUAGAGAGCAUUUUGUGCCUAUCAGGUGCUGAGAUCGCCAAAGAUUUGGGCGAAAUGAUGGAAAACGAUGGAAAAGUGCAUAUUAUUUUGGCGGAAAUUUGCGCUACAGAAGAAACCGACCAAUUAGACACAUGGUUCGAAAUUUACAAAGCGGUUACAGUAGAUAUAGAAUGGCUUACCAGAUGUCUAACUCAAUAUCGCUUAGAAAGUUUCCGACCCUUCUUAAUAUCCGGACCAGAAAGUGAUAUUUGUGAUCUGGAAUACCCGCCCACCCUCAUCGAGUCCGUGCCGUUAACAUUAACUGAGCAAAUCUUGUAAGAUCAAUAAGUUUAGUUUUAAGAUCAGUAGCUUUACAAAGGAGAUGUUUUAUUUUUAUUAUAUAUUACCUUAUAUAUAUAUACAUUUUGUUUUUCUU